UUCAGAAUAACUUGAGGCGGAAUAUUGUCUUAAUUGUCUCAGUUUCUUCAACACCCUGUAGCUUAUCAACGUAAAAAAUGGCAGGGGUCGUGCUAGAAAAUUUAAGUUCAAGGAAACUGUAUGUCUUGGCAGCCGGUCUGUUUUUGUUGCUUGCUGCAUUCUUUUUCGUGGGAGCUAUCAUUGCACCAUCCCCAUCCAAUGUACAGCAGAUUUUGGGAACAAAUUGUAUUCUGCCAAGGAACAAAGAUUUUUGGGAACAUUGGUCUUUUCCACGUGGAACAGGAGAGUGUGAAAAAAUUUCAUCUUUCGAUGAUAAAAUUAUACAGAAAGAGAAGAUCGUAACACAAGAUGUUGUUUUCUCAUUCUUGAUUCCUGGUGUGAGGGAUAACAGUCAGCUGACCAUGACACCCUGGUUUCAGACCAUUCUUGGCAUUUUAAUGAUGGAGUUGUCAUACAACCCACAAAAUGAAACACAUGAUGAUUUAAGACUAGAACUCAAGCUCGGGUAUCGCAGUAUUUCAGACGAACCAUCAGACUGGAAAAGCUUGGCUAAUUCAACUGAAUCUCGAAAACUGGAAUGCACAAUGGGCCCUGAAGAGAAGGUUCCUGGGGCCAGGUAUCACUGUUCAAUGUUGUCGUUGUUUGAGCUGGGAAGCUGUGCUCAUGAGUUAUACCUUCUAAACCUUCGAAUACCAACUCACAGAGACCUCAAUAAGGACAUUGGAGAACUGAAGGAAAUAACGCUUGUGGUUAUCCACCAAAAUGGAGGCUUCACCAAAGUCUGGUUUUCCCUAAAGACCGUUAUGUUUCCUGUGGUCCUGAUAGCUUUAAUUUGGUAUUGGAGAAGAAUCCGACAUCUUAAUCGAGAUCCAACUCUUUUGGAAAAGACACUUUUUGCCCUGGGCAUCACAAUCACUUUCCUGAACUUUCCUGUCGAGUGGUUGUCCAUCUGGACUGAAACUCCCUUCAUGCUGUUGUAUGUUGAUAUCAGACAGGGAUUGUUCUCAGCCAUGCUUCUUUCCUUCUGGCUCAUCUUUGUUGGUGAACACUCAAUGGAUCAGAUUCAGAGAAAGACACUGGCCUCCUAUUGGGUACAUUUGAGUGCUGUGGCAUUUGGUUGUAUUGCCAUGUUUGUGUUCGAAAUGUGUGAAAGGGGUAUUCAGCUGAAGAAUCCAUUUUUCUCCAUCUGGGUCACAGAUGUGGGAAGAAAUAUGGCUCUGGCCUUCAUCAUCAUCGCUGGAAUAUCUGCCUGUUUGUACUUCCUGUUUCUCAGCUACAUGAUCUACAAAGUGUUCCGCAACAUCAGCGCUAAAAAGAUGGCCCUUCCUAGCAUGAGUAGUGCCAGGAGGAAGUACUACUCUGGGAUUAUUUACCGCUUCAAGUUCCUGAUGAUCACCACCCUGCUGUGUGCAGCACUGACCGUCAUCUUCUUCAUCUUGAGUCAAGUCCAAGAAGGUCAUGGUCACUGGGAGAAAAACUCCUCUCUGGAGUACACAUCAGGUUUCUUCACAGGUGUGUAUGGUAUGUGGAAUGUGUAUGUGCUGGCUCUGCUUGCCCUGUAUGCCCCCUCUCACAAGUACAUCCCUGAGCAAGAAUCUGAUGACAGUCGUGAAGAAGAGCUUCAACUGACUAACAUGCCCCCAGAGACUUCCAUGGCCCAGUCUGAGGGUAGUGCAAUGUCUGCACUUGUCUCCAAAGUUGCUGCAGACUAACAUGUCCAACAGACCACUUCUUUACCCCUUUCCAUCAACUGGUCUGUCAUACAGCUUACACAUAUUUGUAUACUUAGUUUGGUUGGAUUGUAAUUCAGUGUUGAAGUGGUCAUAUUUUGUGGUGAUCAUUUUGACGUGUAAGUCAUUUUAGUAAGUCUGGUAAGUGUAAUUGUACUUUACGCAAACUUUAUCUUGUAUUAUUGAGAGCGAAUACAGAUGUUGUUUUUUUUUGGGAAAGUUCUGAAUGAUCUAUUGUCUUUUAUCCCUGUGGUGCAUUAAUAGCAUGUUUAGAAAAAAUUGUUUGUUUCCUCAGUUUGCUUUUCAUUUGCUAAAUAUGGAAUUAUAUACAUGUAUGCAAGUUAUUUUAUUGUUUAACUCAUAUAAAAAUGUAUGGUUUUAUGUAUGCUGUAUUACAUACAUGUAUAUAGAGUAGAUUGUCUGUGUAUGAAAUAAAAUGUGAAACGUAGAAUCUUUAUCAGCUACACAGGACAUCAGCUACAUUGUAUCAGUGACCAUUGGAAGGUUAAACAACUAUCCGAUCAUUUACACGUGUGUACAUCUAUUAUAGUCACUAAUGUUCUGCUUUAUUGGAGUUUUUUGGCUUGACUUUUGUGCAUUUCUCUAGUUUUAGUCCCACAUACUGUAUACAUUGAAUCAUGGUUUAGUAGAAAACUAGGAAUCCUCAAAUAUGGUCACAGAUAUAUUGCUUGCUCACCUGAUGUUACAAUCUGUAGAACCAUUCCUAAUUUCUACUUCACUGUGACAUUUGAAUCUCUCCAUGGAACUUUCAGAUCUUACACUUGAAUGCGAUCUUCUAGUAUGUAUUAACUGCAAAAUAGAUUUAUUCUGAUGGCCAGUUUCAAAGAUUCAUAUUCUGUUUGCCACUUGUAAAUGCCCUUUCCAGUAGGCCAAAGGGCAUUACCUCCCUUGUUGUGCUAUAACGACUAAGACGUAACAUGAGAUUAGUUUUACUACAAGAAGUGGGACCUUGCCUAAUAACAGUGAAAAAUAUUUUUUAGGCAACAGUAUAUUAAAAAAAACAUAUGAGCCUUCGUCUGACAUAUCUGAAGAAGUUUUGCUGAAGCUUUCUAUUGUGUUUAGUUAAAGCCAGAAUUUUUAAAUUACCCCCAAAUGGGUUUUAAAAAAAUAGAUAACAUUAAUCCUGGACUUUCCAAAUAAGUUUACACAGUUAAAAUCUGUCUUAAAGAUAGGUCUUCAACUAGCUCAUGCCACUUUCACUCCGAAACUUGCCAGUAACCAUUUUCUGUGCUCCCACCUAACCACGGCUUCCUCUAAAAACGCACCAUUACAUAGUCCUGUGUGAGGUUAUUGACAAAAACCAUAGGCCCUGGUGUUGUCCUUAGGGACGAAUUGCGUGCAGUAUCUGUAAAGUUUGUUUGUAUUUUGCUAUGUCACAUUGUUAACAUUAGCCCACCUUCCAGACUGAGAUUUUGGUAUGCAGAUUGUCUUACAAUAUGAUGGCAAUAUAUGAUUAUGCUUUUGUGAAUUUAUACAUGUAGUGCCAUUGUUCAAUCUGCAUAUAUUUUUAUCAGUAUGCGCAACAUUUAUAUUAAUGACUCUGUACUGAUACAUGUCUAGUUUGUGUAUUCAUAUAAUAAAAAGAGAUGUAUUAAAGUAAUAAAGAUAUUCUUCCAUGACAAAUAUAAGUAGAUUUAGAAUGCAUGAAGUCGUUAUAUUUUGUUUAUUUAUGAGAUAUAUAAUAUGGGUUACAAGUAGACAUAUCAACUUCAGACGUUUUUUUAAGUCAAAAGGAAUGGAUUCAUUGACUUGAAGAGAUGGACUGGCUGCUUUGAAGGAUUUUUAUGAUAAUGGUGGUUCCACAUCAGGCUUGGAACUGUAACUGAUUGUUGUUGAGAUAUGAAAAAACUUGAAUAAAUUUACAAUAAGAUUUUGUAAUUGAUUUUUUAAUUGACGCAUGUGGAUUACAAGUCUUACCGAGUUCUUCAAGCAUACAAAUACAACGUAUGUGUAGAAAUGCACUAUUUUCUGCAUUAUUCUGUUAAUGUACCCAUGUAGCUCGGAUAAUGCAAUACACAUUCUUUUUCAUUGUGGGUUGUAUUAAAAGUCCAUUAGGUAAUGGACUUCUGGUUGUAUGUAAGACUAAAUAUAUACAUGUAGAUUUAUUGGUUAGCUUUUGAUAUGUGUAGUCAUAAUUUUGUGUCCUUUUUUUACAUUUUUAC